AUGCUGUCUCCUGGCACUGCUCGCCCUGGCGAUCCUGUUCCAUACAUAAGUUCGUGCAUGAAAUUCGGACUGCCCGACUCAUUCCCGCCUAGCGAGUUCAGACACAUGCCGCCUUCGCCGAGGUCGCUACCGCAGAAUCCGCGUGCUUCUUAUUCCUCUUCAGACCAGGCUUGUGACUCAUGUCGUCAUCUCAAGUCCAAGUGUGACGAGUCGAAACCGUGCAAGACGUGCAGAGAACGAAACAUCCCAUGCGUGUUCCGCGACCCGCAACCCAAGCAAUCCGAUAAAGCCAGUGCUGACAUACUGGAUGUCCUGAAUGGCUUGAGAGAUGAUCUUAUGCAGAGUUUCGGCAAGAUUGAUAACCGCCUUGAGCGGUUGGAGAGUGCCAUCCACGCAGGCGACCAGUCGAUUGAGGUUGAAGAUUAUCAAGAUGAUGCAGGCCCGCACGACCAUCCGUCGCCCGAUGACCAAGGUGCCGAGGACGAAUAUGCGGCAAAGAAUAGUGUCAUGGAUCCAGACACGGCAGAGAAAACGAUCCGGAUCUGGGAACACAAUGACAGCGACGAAAAGCCGGGGCCUCCGGUCGCAGGCAAGACGAAGCUGCCCGCAAACCACACUACCUCGGCAGGACUGCUGUUGAAGUGGGAGUCGAUACACCGGCUGGUCGCUCGCCAUCUCGCUGUAGAACACAUUGGCUAUGUCGAAGAGUUCCCGAUUCGACAGGAAAAGGCUCGCGGCUUGCUGCGCGUGUGUGGGGCGGGAGAAGGCUCUGGGGGGGAACAUGCCCCAGCAGAUCACACGGACCCACGAGCAGACAACAUCAUGACCGAUUUCCAGGAUGAUAGCUCGGAGGCACAGUCGCCAGCACCCAACUCAGAAGUCUGGGGCCAGACUGGAGGGGUUUCCCCGGCCGCAGGCAUGACGUUCAGAGGCGGCGUCAUUGGCACGGACGGAAACCCGGAUUUUUCGCCAUCGACUGUGUGGAAAUAUGUCAACAGCUUCAAGGAGAACAUCCUAAACAUGCACCCGGUCAUGAUCCUGGAGGAGCUGGAUGCGCUGGUUGUGCUUUUUCUCAAGGAGAUCCCCCAGCAUUCGCAGCAGUCAAGCGUGCGAUCUAGCAGCAACCCCAAAUUCGUCAACCAGCCAACAUCUGCCGCUGCAUCACUGCCUGAGGCUGUCGGUGCGAAGAGGAAACGCUCACCUGGCGGCGAUGAUCCGCUACCAUCCUUCAACAUCUUUAAACCUGGCCAUCCUUUCCGUAGCAUAACAAGCGCCAUCGUUCUGCUCGUUUGUGCGCUUGGCAAGAUUUGCCUCCACAAGCAAAGGAUUCCUGAUAUUGUCAUGGAGCAAGAUGGGGCCCAGCCACAUCGGUCGCCCUCCAUGCGGAAUGGCGACGCGAUGUCUCCAAUCCAAGACUCUUCUGGAUUCGGUUCGCGCUCUCAGUAUUCUGGACUGCCUUCGCCACAGGACACGUGCGAUCGUGCUAUGCCCAUUCGCAGUACUUCCACGCGGAGUAAUGUGACAGGAGUACGUCCGACACAGAUCAAGCAAAACUACGACAUAAUUCCCGGAUUUGAGUACUUCGCACUAGCAACGGACAUUCUGGGCAGUCAUCUAGGCGGGAUCGGUCUCAAGCAUGUUUAUGCUUGGGUCCUUGCUGGUCUAUAUCAUGGGCAACUCGCGAGGGCUGUGGAAAGCUGGGCGUACAUAAAACAGGGCUGCACUGUUCUGCAGGAGGUCAUCAGGUCGAGCAUGUACCGUUUCCACGAGAUCAAGAACGGGAAUGGAUAUGUGCCUGUGGAAUCCAAGAGGGACAACCAGGUACUGCUGGCGUACUGGACCUGCUUGCAGCUAGAAAGUGACAUCCUUGCGGAGCUGCCACUGUCCCAGAGUCCCAUUCUGCAGCACGAGGACAACAUGCCUUAUCCGAACACAACCUUUGUGACGACCCACGGUUACAGUCCCAAGGUGUCCGGUAGCUAUUUCGCCCAGCUUCAUCUCCGGCGCCAGCUCAAUGAGAUCCAUGGCCACUUGUAUAAUCCCGACAAGAUACACCAACCCUCUUCACUAGAGACGAUUGACGAAGGCGUCGAGCAUUUCCAAGCCCAAUUGAAGACGUCCCGCGGCAUCUGGGUUCCUGCCGAAUUGAGGUGGGAUGAUAAGGAGCCGCCUGCUGACGAUAUCCUCUCUGCUCGCCUGCGUGCAAAAUACUGGGGGUCACAGGUCAUUAUCUACCGCCCCUUCGUACGGCACUUGCUCGAGAAGGAGCCGAUCCCGUAUGGCGCUUAUAAAGAUCCUCGACCUCCCCUACCGGAAAGCCUCCCUGACUUGGCAAUCGACAAUGGCCACGACCCGGUCCCCGAGGGAGUCGACCCCCGCACGCUUAACUAUGCCCGCCUCGGUAUCGAGGCAUUGAUCAAGAGCACCAGUGCAUUCCAUGGCAUGCCGCCCAAGCAGCACAUCAUUGUGACCAACAUUUUUGGUACUGCCCACGCCCAAUGGGGCAACCUCCUCACCCUCGCCGCCUGCUACACCGAUCCACUUCUUUCGAGAUUUGUUGAUCGCAAAGUGCUAUCUGAGCUGUUCGAACGGACAAUUCAGCUCUUUGAUCUCAUCGCCCACCAGUCAAGCCCCUUGAGGUCGGAGCGCAACAUCCUAAAUGGACUGGCAAACUGUCGCGAAUACAUCAAAAUCAAGCAAUCAAGGGGCGACUGGGGGACGGGGCCGGAAAAGGAGCCUGGCUUCUUCGUUCAUGAGAUUGUCCUCUUGACGACUCCCGUUUUGCGCCUGCAUAUGUUGCGACGCCUGUCUGGAGUGGUUGCUGCGGCCCCUGAGAAGUUUGGCUCUGACAAUGGGGCUGCCGGCACGGCCGUGGCCACAACAUGUGGACAUCAAGUUGGACAGGACGCUGCUAUGAUUCAGGAGGAGGACGAAGCUGCUCCUUCUGGCUGGUGCUAA